UCAUUUAUGCCCAUGUGAUUCAGUGAAUGAAUCAAAGCUCUGGUUUUUUCUCAGCAGGCAAACAAGCAAAGUUAAAGUUCCCUUCUUUUUCAGCGAGAGGCUCUCUCUUUAAUGGGGUACGUACAGGAAGCACGUGAAAAUCACGUGAAGAAGAAAGUGGAAGAAGCUUUGAGGAGCAAAAUGAAGCAGAAGGCUUUAAAGGAGUGUGACCAUUACGCUUCCAAGUACGCGGAAUGUGCUACGGGGAGAACGUUAUCUGUUGUUUGGAAGUGUCGCACACAAGCAAAAGAAUUAAACCAUUGUCUUCACCAAUACACUAAUGAUGCUGUAUUGGAAGAAAUGAAGAAAGUUUACAUGCUUCAACAAGAUGGGAAGGGACCUGCAGCAGUUUAAGCUUUUUUCAUAAUACCCAUUUACGAAAGCCCUCUCAUGUACAAUUUGAUUUUUAGUGCGUAUGUGAGUGACACUAUCUAGUGGGACUGGAAGAUGCAAUGCAAUUUUAUCACUGGAUGAAUUUAUAUGUUGCAUUUUCCUUAUCAUUUUGGAGAGAAGAUGCCACGUGAAAUCGUUAAAUUUGAAUGCAAUUUGGUUACUCUGACUUCUUUA